GGGGGCUCGCCGGAAGUAGGUGGGGGCCAAACAAAGUCGCGUGCAGGUCAGUCUUUGGGGUGGGUAGGAUGGCCGCAGGGAUGUGCUUCCGGUUCGCUACUCAGCUCUCUGUCCUGCUGUUGCCGCCGCCACCGCUGAAUCGGGUGGAGCGGUUAGCUGAGGGUGAAGUCGGCUUACCCCGGAAGGGUUUUGUCCCAGACUGGGCCAAGCUUCCGGACUGGGCAGACGUUGCAGCCGUCUCCGCUGCUGUUGCCGGAGGGGCCUCACCUUGGAGGGCGAAGUUUCCCGCCGGUUCGCGGCCAGAGCGCUGUGACCAUGGCUGCUGAAUCUGAUGUCCUGCACUUCCAGUUUGAGCAGCAAGGUGAUGCUGUCCUACAGAAAAUGAACCUCUUGAGACAGCAGAAUUUAUUUUGCGAUGUAUCCAUCUAUAUCAAUGAUACGGAGUUCCAGGGACACAAGGUGAUUUUUGCUGCUUGCUCUACUUUCAUGAGAGAUCAGUUUUUACUCAACCAGUCAAAGCAAGUCAGAAUCACCAUCUUGCAGAGUGCAGAGAUUGGCAGAAAGUUAUUGCUCUCUUGUUAUACUGGUGCACUGGAGGUUAAAAGGAAAGAGCUUUUGAAAUAUUUGACUGCUGCAAGUUACCUUCAAAUGGUACACAUUGUGGAGAAGUGCACAGAAGCUUUGUCCAAGUAUUUGGAAAUAGAUUCCUCUAUGAAGAACAAUAAUCAGGGUGCUGAGACAUGUCAUUCCUCUUAUCCAGAACUAAAGGAUGAAGAUGAAAAUUUAGAGAGAGACUGUGAAAUCAUUGAGAUUUCUGAAGACAGCCCUGUAAACUUGGACAUCCAAGUUAAGCAAGAAAAAGACAGUGCUUUGCAGCCCACUAUACAGGACUUGAUAUUGGACAAAAAAGAUAUGAAAACAUCAGAGAUUUCAACAGUUGAAAUAGGGUAUAAAGAUGAUGAAAUUUGCAUCUUCCGAAUGGAUUCCAUCAGUGUGCCCACUGUAGAAAGUGAGCAGUUUUCACAGCCUUGUACCUCUUCUAAAACAAAUAUAUAUUUUCCAGAAACUCAGCAUUCACUUAUUAAUUCCACAGUGGAAAGUAGGAUGACCGAAGUUCCUGGGAAUCACUUUCAAGGGUUUAUUGGUGAAAGUACAGAGGACAAUGUUGGUGUAACAAAUGGGUUUCAAAGUCUUGAAGAGGGUUAUUCCUGGCGACACCAGUGCCCUAAAUGUCCACGAGGAUUUCUUCAUCUUGAAAACUAUCUGCGCCAUCUGAAAAUGCACAAACUGUUCCUGUGUUUGCAGUGUGGAAAAACAUUUACACAGAAGAAAAAUCUUAACCGGCACAUCCGAGGACACAUGGGCAUACGACCAUUUCAGUGUUCUGUUUGUUUAAAGACAUUUACUGCCAAAAGCACUCUUCAGGACCACUUGAACAUUCACAGUGGAGAUCGGCCCUAUAAGUGCCACUGUUGUGACAUGGACUUCAAACACAAAUCUGCCCUCAAAAAGCACUUGACUUCUGUUCACGGGAGAAGUAGUGGUGAAAGGGCAAACCUUGAUAUCAUCACAAAAGUCAAAAUAGACUAUGAUUAAUAGUAAUACACACUUGCUUUGGAGACUUGGAUAUUAUAGUCCAUUAUCUUGAAUUCUGCAAAAAUAUUCUUUUGUAAUUCUGUAUUCCCUCCUUUCUAUGUUUGUCUGAUUUUUUGAUGUACUGGCAUGUUAAUGUUUUUGUAAUACUUAUUCUGAAAAGUUGUUGGAGUUAAUGGAUUGGUUGAGUUCUUUUCUGCCUUAAAUAUCAUUACCAAAAUAUUAGCUGAUUUUCAUGGCCAGCCUGUUUGGUGCUUUAUAGGGUGUUGUGAACGUUGGUGCUUGGUUAAUAUUGUUAACUGACUCUUGGCUAAGGGGCAGAAAGAACUCAAUGGUAUUUUUCAGGUUAUUCAUUGAAUUUGCGUUGUUAGUGAUUCACACAGGAACAGCAACCAUUUUUUACUUGUACUUUUAUCUUGGUGACCAUUAGAAGAAAAUAAAUCUGGGACUUUGCCAGUCUUGGUUCAUUUUAGAAUCACUUUUAAGAACUAUUUGUUUUGUAGAUGCAAGUAAGUGUGAUGAAUCUUUUCCCAGCCAGGAUAAAUGUAUUGGUUACCUUUAUAAAUUCUACCACUUUUUCUAACCCAAACAGUAGGUCAGCUAUCUGGUUGAAAUUAUGAAAUAAUCAUAUUCCUCAUGUGUAAACAAAUUUCUGCUGCCUCCAGAGAAAUUAUUCAGUAUAUCAUUUAUUUCAAUGUGAGUAUUCUCUCCACUUGUCCAAAGGGCAACUCAUAUACACUUUUUCAUCCUGUAGGAAUGUCUUAAUCUUUAUAUCAGUCUUUCAUAAAAGUUCAACCUAACACACCAGAUAUCUUCAUCUUUUUUUAUUGUUAUUAUUUCAUGUAUAACAUUGCAGCACUUGUGCACUCUGUUCAUCUGUUCUUUCUCACUCUUGCUACAUUUUUUGCCAACCUCCUUUUCUACUCCUUAUUGAUAUCUUAUGCUAGUUCUUGGGCACAAAUCAUCGUUGUGAAUAUGCUGCAGCCUAUUUGUGCCACCAAAGGAAUACGCAGGGUUAUAUUAAAGUUGAUUUUUUUAUACACACAUGUAUAUGUAAUAUAUAUACACACGUACCCUCUACAUGUGUAUAUAUGUGUUUUACAUGUAAUCAUACACAUAUAUAGAUAAAAAUAUAUAAACGUUUCUUUCACUGGAAUAAAAAGUAAUUGUACCCAUGUAAUGUUUUUAAUAUAUUUUAAUUUAUUUCCAUUCGAGAAUAAAUUUUACUUAUUUGAAUUACUGGUUCAUAUACUUUGGAAAUGAAUACUAAAUUAGCUGUCCUCUCUAGAUUAUAUUUAAUACAAACAUCAAAUAUUUUUAUCAGUAUGAUUAUAUGACCAAUGAGAAACAACAUUUGAUAGAAAUACUCAAUUUAUAAAAGACAUUGAAUGUGUUCUAGAUAUCAUUACUCUUUUUACUUUGUCUUGACAAUAUCUUUUUUUCUCAUGGCAAUGCUUUAACCUAGUUUUUUUUUUUAACCUCAGUACUCAUAGUUGUGAUUUUUCUUAGUGAUAAAUUUUUAUUCAUGUGACUAGGGCUGACUUUCAAAGAUUGAUGUUAAAAUUAUUUGAGUACUUUUUUCUUAUCCAGAUAUAUGUAUUCUCCAUGGAUGUGCCAAAAGUAAAAACAUGUAUGUAACAUGUAAGUGUAGUGGAAGUAAAAUUUAUUUUCAUUCUUGUUAAAUGCUAAAGUUCCCUGUUAUUUCUAUAUACUAAUGGUACAGUAGAACUUUGUGGGAUAAGACAUCUCGUCAACCUCUGAGACAAGUGACUGAGUGUUAAAUCAUAUAAUUAAUCUCCCUUCAUCAGAACUUUCCCCUCUUCCAGACAUCCUUUACCCAGUUGCCAAAGUGAUAUCCUAAAGCACAGGUCUGAACAUAUCACUCCCCUGCUCAUAUAGCUCCAGUGAUUUCCCUAUUUCCUCUAGCAUAAAAUGGAAACUCUUGCUCUUCUUUGGCAUUUGAAAUCCAUUAACUAUCUACAGUUUACUUUUUCAUCCUUACUACAACAUUAUUCACCUUUACACACUCUGGUCCUGCCAAACUAAUCUUGCUGCUCUCCAUACUGGACAAAGUAUCUCAUUUCUCCAUGGCUUUGCAUCUUCAUGCCUGGAAUUUAUUCUCUCCCCACCUCUGCCUCUGAAUCCUUAACUUCCUUCACUGGUUAACUCAAGUGCCACCUCCUCCAUAAGGCCUUUGCUGAUUCUCCCAAUAUCAUUAUCGCCACCUCCACUUACUUUAUAUUUACUAUGUAUAUAUUUUGUAUUUAUAUGUGUAUAUGUUUUACCUGAUAGAAUGUAAGCUCCUUGAGGACAGGGACUGUUUUCUCUUUGUAGUCCCAGUCCCUGGUACAUAGUCGACAUUUAAUAAAUGCUUGUUGAUUUAUUGGUUA